AUGCUAAAAAAUAUAAAAAAAGAGAUUGAGAAUAUGGUAGACUCUAAAAAGUCGGGUCGCCCUUUAUGGGUCAAGUUCAUUCGUUAUGGAGUGAUUGCUGGGAUUCUUGGAACUCUAUUCGCUACCCUCCAACCCUGGGCUAUAGAAAAGAUAAUCAGUUCACAAAUGAAAAUCGAUCCUUGGUGUCUAGCUUACAAGUUCUGGGAAAGAAUACCAGUAAAAAUUAUAAAUAAAUUCAAUUUAUUUAACAUUGAAAAUCCGGAUCAAUUCUUGAAAGGAGAUAAAUUAAAAGUUCGCGAGGUUGGACCUUUCGUAUUAUCAGAGCAAAGGUGGAAAGAGGUAAUUGAAUUCAGUGAAAGGACAAUCAAAUAUUACGAGUGGCGUAAUUAUCAAAUUCUGUACGAACAAUCAAACGGAUCUUGGGAUCAAGAGAUUACUGUUCUUAAUCCAUUUGUAGCUUCAACUGGGGCAAUUGUUGGAGAUAAAUUGGAACAAUUAAUUCCCAUCCCAUUGGCUGUCAGUCCUUUCGUCUAUUCAGUUGUUUCUGUGGUUCUAUUUGUCCACAGUCAGAAUUUUUUCCUUAAAACUACACCUCGAAGUCUUAUUACUGGACUUCGAGUUAAUCUUCUGGACACAGUGACCACUCUUCUCAAACCUCUCGAACUGUUGGGCAUUAUGGCUUCCGAUGUAUUUCCAACAUCAGAAUUACCCAAUAAUUCAAUUGGAAUUUUGAAUAGCCGAAAUUUCACCCGAUUAGGACCUCUAGAAAUUUACACAGGUAUCGAAUUACCAAAGGAAAUGUAUACAAGUACAAUAGCAUUUAGAAACGAAAGAUCAAUGGAUCGAUGGACUGGAUCUGAAUGUAAUACCCCUCGAGGGACUGAUGGAAUCCAAUUUCAACCCUUAAUUGCAAGGAAAACUAGAUUAACUGUGUUCAUAUCUGACAUUUACAGAUCAUUGGAUUUAACUUAUGUCGGGGAUUCUGAUUAUUUCGGGAUUCCCGGAUUUAAAUAUGUUAUUGGACCCGAAGUAUUUGACCCUCCGAGUGUUAAUCCAGCCAAUGGAUGUUAUUGUGUCUAUACAAGGGAAAAGAAAUCACGAUGUGAACACUAUGGUCUCCUCGAUUGUACCGGUGGAUUUUCUGGGCCUCCGAUCAUAAUAACUAGGCCACAUUUUCUCGACACAGAUUCAGAAAUUCAGGGACAAGUUGAAGGUCUAUCGCCAGAUCCAGAGAAACAUGAAUUCUACUUAUUAGUUCAGCCUGAUAUUGGAAUACCAAUAUCGGGUGCAGGUCGAUUACAGUUUAACCUUAGAGUUGAACGGGUUCCAUUUCUUCGUGGUUUUAACAAUAUUCGUGAUACAAUUGUUCCUUUGGGGUGGAUCGAAAUAUCAAGUACAUUGGAUGGAUCUUUAUUUUAUCUACUCAAGAUUGGUCUCAUUUUAGCUCCAAAGAUCAUCCUAUCGGUUUUCUAUCUCGUCGCUAUUGGUGGUUGGGCAGCUUUUAUCGGUGGACUUAUAUACCUUCUCGUUCGUAAGCUCAGGAAGGUAAACUCAUUAAUUUUCCAUUUUCACUAUAAGUGAUUUACUAAUUCAUUUAUCUCGUUAAUAACAUUACUAUUAAUUCAUUUUAAUUUACAGUCAAGUGUAAGUGUUAGUAAAAUUGGAAAUGUCGAUAAAUUGUCAUCAAUGGAAAAGGAGUCAAUUAAAGUUCAUCCAUUGGAAAUAUCUCUGAAUCAGCAGUUUUUUAGAAAUAGAGUUCCCGUGGUUC